UACUUCUACAAACGAGAUAUCACGAGAGCGGAAGUAAAUAUGGCUUACCAAUACCAACAACCUGCGCCGGGCGGUGUCGAUCCCCAGUUUCUCUGGGGUGUUUUUCAAAGAGUGGACAAGGAUCACAGUGGCCAUAUUAAUUCAUUUGAACUUCAGAGUGCCCUUUCCAAUGGGACAUGGACUCCUUUCAACCCAGAGACAGUCAGGCUGAUGAUUGGCAUGUUUGACAGAGACAACAAUGGCACAAUCAAUUUUCAAGAAUUCCAAUCUCUGUGGAAGUACGUUACAGACUGGCAGAACACUUUCCGAAGUUAUGACAGAGAUAAUUCAGGGGCUAUUGAUAAAAAUGAGCUCAAGAUAGCUUUACAAAGUUUUGGCUACAGAUUGUCUGACAGAUUCUAUGACAUCUUGAUCAGGAAGUUUGACAGGCAGGGGCGAGGCCAAGUUGCCUUCGAUGACUUCAUACAGUGUUGUGUAGUGAUGCAGACUUUGACAAGUGCUUUUCGAUAUCAUGAUACAGACCAAGAUGGCUGGAUACAGAUUUCUUACGAGCAAUUCCUCACACUCGUGUUUAGCAUGAAGAGCUGAUAAACUGCGGAAUUGUGAAACAGAUAUAGAUAUUUUUCAGAUUCAGCUUCAUUUUGUAAAGAAAAAAGAAAGAAAACACGUAGCACCUGUUUAACCUAGACACUGAUGUUCCUGCUGACUUACAAUUAAAAUACUUUUAUUGUUAUUCAAAUGUAAAUUCUUUAGUGUGGAUUUGAAGAGACUGCCCAAGUCACCAAAGGGUAUAAACUAUUAUAGUUGAAUUCAAAGCUCUUAGUGGUAACCUUAGGACUUAGUUACUCAAGUCAAAUUUAUAUGUAUUAUUUGCUUAUUAUGAUUUUUGUGUCUGAAAGUGAUAUAUUCAGACUAAGAAUGAAGAUGUAUUAUUUAGAAAGAAUGUUUUGACUAUUUUGUUUUCUAAAAUAUAUAUGUCCUAUGUAACAUAUGGAGUGGCUCUUGUAGAUGGAAAACUGGAUUUGCUUGCAGAAUGAAUCUACAUUUUUGUAAUGUGAGAGAUAUAUUGGCUUUUCUUAUUUCAUAAUACAUUAAUGUCUAACAAAGGAUACAAACAUUUAGAAGAGUAAUGUUAUUGAAAAUAUAAGUGAUAUUUAAUAUCACUGCAAAAUACCAAAAAUGAUUUUUUUCCUCAUUUUAUGUCUUCAAUCUUGUAGGAACAUGUGCUGUCCCUAUACAUUAAGGUGAAGACGUUUUCUGUGACACAGUGUAAUAAAAUGAUUUACCCAUUUUUAAAGAAGUUUAUUUUGUUCCAUGUUGAAAUAGGCAUAUAUCUGCAUGCCAUCCGCGCCCAGAAAGAAGACAUUGAACAAAUGAACUUUCUAUCUGCUUUUACAGGACAAGUUCACAAUGAAAGUUAAUUAUAAACAAAAACAGACCACUUUGUGUUCAUUUUCUUAGUCUCUCGUGUACUUGUUUGCUGAAACAGACCUGUGGGGCUACUGCGUGAUGAUUAA